GCCAGAGCUCGUGCGGCUCACCACAGUCUGAGCUUCCAGAACGAUCAGGCAAGGGCAGAAGGUGGGUGGGGUGAGGACCAAGAACCUGGGGCAUACCUCCAGUCUCUUCCUGAAAUCUCCUUAGACCCUUUUCUUGGGGAUGGCAGCCUGGCAAGAGAGAGGUAAACUUUGAAUUCAGAGGGGCCUGGAUUUGAACGCCAUCUCUGUACACUGGGCUGCCUCCAUGGGGCCUCGGGGGCUCCAGGCUGGUGUGGCUCCACAGCCCCCAGGUUCCCAGUCACAGCCCUUCUUAGGACAUUGACAGGGUCCUUCUGACCGCAGCAGAGGGGGUUUCCAGGACUGACCCCUGUCAGUUUGUGGAGGAGGUAGCAGCCUCAAGGGGCUGUGAGUCUUGCUUUGGUCUGGGUACUUAAGCACGACUGGCCCUGGGACUCAGAGGCCAGGGUCCCCCCUCUGUCCCUCCUUCUCUCCUCCCCCCAGCUGCCUCCUCUCUUGUUUUGUUCAAACCACACUUCUGUUGCCCUGCUUGCCUGGGCCAGGCUCUGUGCCCUGUAUACCUUCUCCAGCCUCUGUGUUGCUACUGUAUCCCCUGAUGAGCUCUGGUGAACUAUUCAAAGGGGUUCAUUUUCCUUCUCCAUGGCCUGGACUCCUCGGCAGUGGCUCCUGCUGCCCCCAGGAAGCGAAGGCUUGUUCAGGCUACCGUGGCAUUUUUGGUCAUCACCAUUGUCACCUCUUUUAUGGCUCUCUUUUUUGUGGUUCUACAGAAACCAAGACCUGAGCUGGCGUCCUAUGCCUACUCCCAAGAGUUCCCCAGAGACAACACUACUGGGCAGGUCCCUGUGGAACCUGACGAUCCCUACCACACUGGCUGGGUGGCAGGACUGCAAGAGACUAUCCAGAUGUUUAAAGACCAUGUAGAGAAUUCUAGCACCUGGACUGCAGAAAUCCAGAUGUUGAUGUGCAGAGUGGACAAUGUCAGUUCUCAGAUCCAAGCACUCGGCGGUCAUCUGAGAAACACCAGUGCUGACAUCCAGUCAGUGAAAAGCUCUGUAAAGGAUGCCAGUACCUUGAGUUUCCGGACCCAGAUGUUAAAGAGUUCCUUGGAGGCGGCCAGUGCUGAGAUCCAGAAACAGAAGAGAGAUCUGGAAAAGGCAAAUGCUUUAAAUUCCCAGACCCAGAGAUUCCUAAAAACCAGUUUAGAGAACACCAGCUCUGAGCUCCACAUGUUGAGCAGAGGCCUAGAAAAUACCAACACUGAAAUUCAGGCAUUGAAGGCAGGAUUGCAAAUGGCAAACACCGAGGCCCAGUUGGCAAACAGUAGUUUAAAGAAUGCUAAUGCUCAGAUACUUAUUUUAAGAGGCAAUCUGGAUAGUGUCAAUGAUUUAAGGGCCCAGAAUCAGGUUUUAAGAAAUAGUUUGAAAGGAACCGAUGCUGAGAUUCAGAAGCUAAAGGGAAGCCUGCAAAAAGCAAAUGAUUUAAACUCCCAGACGCAGGCCCUUGUAAAAGACAGUUUAGACAACACCAGUGCUGAGAUCCAGUCAUUAAGAGGUCAUCUGGAAAGAGCUGGCAAUGAGAUUCAUCUGUUAAAAAGAGAUUUGGAAACGGCCACUGCCCAGGCCCAAAUGGCAGACAGUCGCCUGAAGCAGACAAACACUCAGAUCCAAGGAUUAAAAACAGAGCUGGAAAACAGCAGUGCCUUAAAUGCCAACAUUGAGGUGUUAAACGAUCACUUGAAAAAUGAUAGCAGAGAGAUACAGAUCCUAAAACAAGGAAUGAAAGAUGCCGUGGCCUUAAAAUCCAAGACCCAGAUGUUAGAGAGCAAGCUGCAGGAGGCCAAUACUGAGAUUCAGAGGUUAAAAGAGGAUUUAGAGAACACUAAAUCACUGGCUACAAAAGCCCAGGAGGUACAGAGUAGCCUGGAGACCCUCCGUGCAGCCUUUGCUUUACAAGAGCAGCGACAAAAUGAAAUUCUCCAGCUGAACAUGCAAGGCUGGAAGAUCUAUGGCAGGAACUUGUAUUACUUUUCUUCUGACAAGAAGACUUGGCAGGAGGCUGAGCAGUCCUGUGUGUCUCUGGGAGCCCACCUGGCCUCAGUGACCUCUGCAGAGGAGCAGGCAUAUCUGAUCCAGUUCACAAGUACCUCCCACCACUGGAUUGGCCUCAAUGACAGGGAGAGCGAGGGCACUUGGCGCUGGACUGAUGGGACAACAUUCAAUUUUUCUGGGAGCCAACAGUUUUGGUCACAGAACCAGCCAGACAACUGGUACAGUUAUGGCGGGGAUGAAGACUGUGUUCAUAUUCAGCAGAAGUGGAACGACAUAAGCUGCGAUGCCCGCUACCAAUGGGUCUGCAAGAAGACCUUCAGUCAGGGCGUGGCCUGAAACAGGCCAGAGCUGAGAGGUCACCGCUGCUGCCAGCUCUGGACCCCUCCCUCAGUGAUGUCUUGUGAGCCUCUGAACCCACCUUGUUCUCUGGGGCCUUCCAUUUGGCCUUUUGUAUUUCCUGCCCUGUCCUUUCAGUAUUUAACCCUCAAACAUGCUUACCUCGUGUGACCCUAUGGCAUCAACAGUUCCUCAAGGCAAGAGCCCUGCUGUGCUUCUGCAUCCCCCCAGCACAAACACAGGCCUGUCAGACAGCAGGUCUUCAAUAAAUACUUGUUGAAUGAACAAA